GAAGCGCCGAUUGGCACAGUUCGUUAAUCGUUUAGAAAAUAUAUAUGCAUACUUGUGGUGUUACUAAAUAAUAUAGAGACAUGAAGAUCAAAACUCAGAUAUUUCUAUUUUUGUUGUUGUUGUAUAUCGUAGAUUUUGUUGUUUGUGAUGGCAUGAUUGAAGUUUUUGGUUGGAAGCAAAUGGAUUUUUACAACCGUGGCGAGCGCAGUCCGGACGACAAUAAUAAUGGAGGUGUCGGUGGAGUUGGGGGUGGCCAUACGAAUCGACCAUCGACGGGGACAAUUAUUUUUCCUGAUCAGCUAAACAGUUUCGCAACAUCUGGCGGGAGAAGCAAACGUGCUACGGAACGGUUAACGUCUCGUGAUGAGCCCAAUACCGAUAUUACCAGUCGAUUCGGUAAUAACAAUGUGAACGCUUCUUAUAUUCCAUACAACAACGUGCCCAUGGGUGCGACUCAUUAUAAGGGCCGUUUAUUUGUGACAAUGCCUCGUCGGCGGAUCGGAAUACCGUCCACGCUAAAUUACAUCGAUUUACAUAAGGAUGGUAAGCAGCACAGUCCGAAACUGCAUGCGUAUCCCGAUUUCGAAACAAAUUAUCUAAAUCCAAACUUCCAGCCGAACCCCAAUCGUAUCGUUUCGGUUUACCGCACUACGGUGGACGCUUGUAAGCGACUCUGGUUCAUCGAUACGGGCAUGCUUGAGUAUCCCGACAAUCGCGUGCAGAUCCAGAGGCCUGCAAUUUGGGUGAUUGAUUUGACGAACGAUCGUGUUUUGCACCGUUAUGAGAUCCCCGACAGUAUCGUUAGUACGGGGCGCGGUCUUGCCAGCAUAACCAUAGAUGUUUUCGCACGCGAAUGCAAUGAUGCCUUUGCUUAUAUACCGGAUUUGGUUAAUCGACAACUAUUCGUAUUUAGCCUCAAGAGUAAGCGUAUGUGGGGUUUCAGUCACAAUUAUUUCAAUUUCGACCCACUCGGUGGCGAUCUGAAUGUUGGUGGUCAAACCUUCCGCUGGGAUGAUGGCAUAUUCUCGAUUACACUUGGACCAUAUGCAACCGAUGGUUAUCGUGCGGUAUACUUCCAUCCCAUGGCUAGUAAUACAGAAUUCGUGGUCGAUAGUAGUGUGCUACAGAAUGAAGCGAAUGCUGCGCGUAGCGAUCAUGGCAAUGAUUUCCAGGUGUUGGGCAGUAGGGGCACAAAUCAUCAAUCCACUAUGCAUGAGUAUGAUCCACAGACGGAUGUCAUUUUCUAUGCAGAAAUACAACGAAACGGUGUUGGUUGUUGGAAUACAAAUAAACCAUUUUCUGCAGCAAAUCAUGGUGUUGUGGCGCAGGAUGCUCAGCGUAUGAUAUACCCAAGUGACUUGACGAUUGACGAUGAUGGCAAUAUUUGGGUGAUGACCAAUUCUAUGCCGAUAUUCAUAUAUUCAACACUUGAUACAAAUAUAGUGAAUUUCCGUGUAUGGCGACAAAAUGUUUUUGAAGCAGCAAAGAAAACUGUCUGUGCACCUGCUUAAAUGCAUUAAAGAUGAGUUGGAUAAUGUAAGCUGACGAACGAUAUUUUUUUUUUUGUAAAAUUGAGUAUAUUUUAUUUUCAUUAUUUCAAAUUUAAACAAAAAACGUACAAAAAAUGUGUAAAUAAAAAUUAUAUGUGAUUAUGAUGAUUUCAAGAGAUUAAAUAUACAAAAAAGUUUAUCACGUUGUCCAUAUGCGAUUAACUAAAAUUACAGGCACUAUAAUAUUGCAUGACAAUUUUAGAUUUUUCAAUAUAUUAUAAAAUAUCAAAAUUACUUUUUUUUAAGAACGCAGUUGGUUGUUCUUAUUA